UCUCUAUGGCCUAAACGCAUUAUUCCCUUCAUGAUCUGUGCUUCCGGACUCAUAGCCAUCGGAAAGAUCAUACUACUGUCACUUUUAUUGAUACAGGGCCGACUGUAAAUCAUUAUCUGUCCUCUCUUACGAUGUCGGUUUUACCAUUUAUUGUGUUGAUCUUGGCAUCUUUUUGUAUUGGUAAGUAGCUACAUGGCUAGCGCAUAUAUAUUAUUCUAUGUUGACAGUCUUUUUGGCAAACCCUUCCAUGUCUAACGAGUCGCUGUCACUAAAUGGCUGUCGCUACAUAUUAACAGUUACAAAAAUAGACCUGGAUUCUGCACAAACACAUCCGUUAAAACUGCGCUAAGAAGCAGUCGUGCUAUUUUCUGAUUUUGACCACAGUGCUUUUUUUCUUCAAUUAGCAAUGCCAGAUUAUGGAAGAUAUUUUGCUUCCUUCCCACUGGGCACACACUGGUGGAAUCAACGUUGUUUCCACGGAAUUUCAACAAAAUUACGUUGAACCAACGUGGAUAGACGUUGAAUUGACGUCUGUGCCCAGUGGGUUUUUCCUUUGCAUAACGUAGAAUACGUUAGGCCUGUUCAAAAUUUGGGACAUGAUGCGGUCUGGUCCUUGCCAGAUUAGGCUGUACAAUUAAGACGGCAGGUAUGAAUACAUUUUUCUAAAGAUCGAUCAAAUAUCGGUUCAACAGGGGUGUCAUUUUCUUUUGGAACUUGUCUUUAUUGCGACAAAUGAUGGAAACGGUGUUUUUCGAAUAAAUGAUUGCCUAAUCAUUUUUAAGGUACGCGGGGCACGUGAUGUCACGCCUAACUACACUGAACAAAAAUAUAAACGCAACAUGUAAAAUGUUGGUCCCAAGUUUCAUGAGCUGAAAGAAGAAAUCCCAGCAAUGUUCCAUACACACAAAAGUCUUAUUUCUCUCAAAUGUUGUGCACAAAAUUGUUUACAUCCCGGUUAGUGAGCAUUUCUCCUUUGCCAAGAUAAUCCAUGCACCUGACAGGUGAGGCAUAUCAAGAAGUUGAUUUAAACAGCAUGCUCAUUACACAGGUGCACCUUGUGCUGGGAACAAUAAAAGGAUACUUUAAAAUGUGAAGUUUUGUCACACAACACAAUGCCACAGAUGUCUCAAGUUUUGAGGGAGCGUGCAAUUGGCAUGCUGACUGCAGGGAUGUCCACCAAAGCUGUUGCCAGAGAAUUGAAUGUUCAUAUCUCUACCAUAAGCUGCCUCCAGCAUCGUUUUAGAGAAUUUGGCAGUACAUCCAACCAGCCUCACAACCACGUUUAACCACGCCAGCCUAGGACCUCCGCAUCUGGCUGGGGGGGGGGUGCUGAGGAGUAUUUCUGUCUGUAAAAAUCCCUUUUGUGGGGAAAAACGGAUUCUGAUUGGCUGGGCCUGGCUCUCCAGUGGGUGGGUCUGGCUGCCAAGUGGGUGGGCCUAUGCCCUCCAAGGUCCACCCAUAGCUGCACCCCUGCCCAGUCAUGUGAAAUCCAUAGAUUAGGGCAUAAUUUAUUUAUUUCAAUUGACUGAUUUCCUUAUGAACUGUAACUCACUAAAAUCUUUGAAAUCGUUGCAUGUUGCGUUAAUAUUUUUGUUCAGUAUAUAAAGUUCCACUCCACACAUAAUUCUUAAUGUCUACUGCUUGCAAAGUCAUUAUUUUUCAUAUAAAUAUAAAUAUGACUUUCAAGAAUCGCUGACUCGCUUUGCAUUUCAGGUUGGCAAGUUUCACCAUUCAAUUAUUUCAGAUCUAUGGGAGUGCAAGUUUCACCAUGGCACGGACCGUGGCGAUACGUUGGCACAUGAGAAUUAUUGGAAUAUGGCAAAUAUUAGUCAAUUGCGUUCUAUCCAUGCUUGCUUUCGCAGGCUACCUGAGACACGAAGAUAGGUGGGAGGGCAUACAGGCUGUCGCCAAUUUAUUAAUGCGCAAUUUGCCUAAAUGUGUAAUGAAAACAUUUCAACCACUACAUUUUUAUUCGACACUAGGUUUUUGCGAAAAACCGUUUUUUAGGUGUGACGUCAAUACGUCCAGCUGUUUUUUAUCGACACAAGAUAGUUAAAUGGAAACGCACCCAAGUAGGCAAUUGUCGCAUCUAUUUUCAAUGCGAACUUUAUAAAUGUCGAAAAAAAAUCGCUGAACAACUUAAUGGACACAGCUGUUGGCAAGAGAGCAGAAACAAGACUGGCACCAGGCUAGUGCCUUGUUCCAAUAUCUGAAUAGAAAUGAUGUAUUGUACUAGUCUACAUCUGACCUAGUUAACAACUUUUGUUUAUACUAACAAACUAAACUGGGGGUUAUUCUGCGGGAUCUUCACAGGUGAGACCAUGGUCAUCGGUGAGCCUACCAGGGCCAAGUUGGGCAUCACACAGCAGUCUUCAGUAAGAUAUAAAUUGCUGUAUGUGUGAAACCAACAGAUCUAACAUGUCUCCUCCAGGACCAGGUUUGAUGGAGACUACACCCAUUAACUCAAGUAGUCACCUGUUAAUAGUUACCAAUUGUAUAACUUGUAUUCUCUAUUCUAGGGGAUAUAGCCCUGUACUUGGUUCAUAAAUCAUUAAUCACAUCUAUAGAAAACUCCAUAUCUUGGCCACAUAUUUCUAGUAACACAGCCUGUUUCACCAAGCCUGUGCUUUCACACACUACAAAACAAGUUAUUUUUAAACUUCAGAAAGACAGUUGUUGUGGUGUGCCGUUUUUCAUCAGAGAUUCCAUGCCUGAACUGUACACAUGCUGAAGAGCAUGUGGUUAUUAGGUUAGAGAUGUAGGGGGUUAUGCCUGAACAUUUUAAAUUAUAGUUACUCGCUGACCUCUCACUUCUGACCUUCCCCUUCUACCAGACAACUGACAUCUGCUCAGACUGCAGCCAGAUCAUUGAGCUAUUCACAGACAUGAUCUCCAACACAGACACCCAGGUGAGUACCCAUUCUGAUUCUGCUGAAGUAUGUCUUCUCUCAUUGUAUUUUUGUAGCCAGAGUUGCAGAUAACACCCUGAUCAGAAAGUGGUACUUCGGAUUUCAUUUCUGUAGACAAGAGAUACAAGGAAAUAUGAAAAAAGCCUUCUGGUCUCACGCCAUUCCUCCCCCAUCUUUCAGUUCCUGUUUAUUGUGCAAAUAUAGAAUACCAUAUCUCGGAGCAACUCCCUUAUAGUAGUCAACAGAGACUACAUUAUAUUGAACUCUAAGCUUGAAACCAAGACUGCUAGAAGGAUGUCAAAUUCACAUGUCAUUGUGCAUCUCACCCCUCAACAAAGUGAGCCACCAGUAGUGUACUGUAACUGUAUGUGUACCUGUGUUGAUUGUUUAGGAGCUGAUCCACAACACCCUGGAUGCCCUGUGUCUGCGCCUCCCCGGAGAUGAGGCUAAAAGCCACUGUAUAUCCCGGGUGCAGAUGUACCUGCCCCAAGCCAUCCAGUACCUCACUGGCAUACUGGUGAGUGUCUGAGCACUUCAAACAUACAGAGAGGGAAGUCCAGUUUACAGGGAUAUUAUACAACAUAACCAUCCAAAAUGUUCCUACAUUCCCUUUAUCAUGGGCAAUAAUGUUGUGAUUCUAUAAUAGAAUGACUUCUCAAUUGUCUUUCUCCUUCUUCAUAUCUGUAGAAGCCAGGUGAGACAUGUAUGGUUCUGGGCCUGUGUGCUGUCCGCUCAGAGAGAAGAGCACCUGAACAGCUUCCUCCCACUUUCACUGACAUCGAUCUGUCCAAUGCUGUACUCGACUCAGGCACCAGCCCAGAGGUGAGUGUGAGAGCUGAACUUUUGUACAGUCUAGGAACGGAAGUCCCUUGCCUGCCCUUUUUGUUUGUUUGUCAAUGUGUUUUUUUUUCUAGUUCUGCAUUUGUAAUUUUUCUGUCUGCAUUGAAUGCUCUCUCACCAGCUAAUCUCAUCUCUAGGUGCAGGUCAGCCCACAGUGUACCUUCUGUGUUUAUCUUAUGAAGAAACUGGAGAGCAUGUUGCCUAUGGAGAGGACUGAGGUAACUCUCUCAAUACGUCUAUAUUUUCCCCACACGUGUCCACACUCACUAACAAAUUUUGUUGGACACCCUUGACCCUUACAGGAUGCCGUAGUGAAGCUAAUGGGUGAGGUGUGUGGCCUCCUGCCUGCAAGCUACAAAGACCAGUGUGAUGACUUCAUCAACAAGUAUGGAAAGGAGAUUGUUGACUUCCUGCUGUCGUCAGCCGCCCCUCACUCCAUCUGUGUCAUGCUGCACCUGUGUCUGUUCCAGGAGACCCCCAGCAUGGGUGAGUGGGGUGAUUUGGUCAGACCAGAGCUCAUGUCUCAAUCAUAAGGUCAUACAGUGCAUUCGGGAAGUAUUCAGACCCCUUGACUUUUUCAACAUUUUGUUACUUAACAGCCUUAUUCUAAAAUUGAUUAAAUUGUUUUUUUCCUUCAUCAAUCUACACACAAUACCUCAUAAUGACGAAGCGAAAACAGGUUUUUAGAAUUUUUUGCAAAUGUAUCAGACCCUUUGCUAUGAGACUUGAAAUUGAGCUCAGGUGCAUCCUGUUUCCAUUGAUAAUCCUUGAUGUUUCUACAACUUGAUUGGAGUCCAUCUGUGGUAAAUUCAAUUGAUUGGACAUGAUUUGUCUAUAUAAGGUCCCACAGUUGACAGUGCAUGUCAUAGCAAAAACCAAGCCAUGAGGUCGAAGGAAUUGUCCGUACUGCUCCAAGACAGGAUUGUGUCGAGGUACAGAUCUGGGGAAGGGUACCAAAAAAUGUCUGCAGCAUUGAAGGUCCCCAAGAACACAGUGCCUCCAUCAUUCUUAAAUGGAAGAAGUUUGGAACCACCAAGACUCUUCCUAGAGCUGGCCGCCCAGCCAAACUGAGCAAUCGGGGGAGAAUGGCCUUGGUCAGGGAGGUGACCAAGAACCUGAUGGUCACUCUGACAGAGCUCCAGAGUUUCUCUGUGGAGAUGGGAGAACCUUCCAGAAGGACAACCAUCUCUGCAGCACUCCACAAAUCAGGCCUUUAUGGUAGUGGCCAGACGGAAGACACUCCUCAGUAAAAGGCACAUGACAGCCUGCUUGGAGUUUGCCAAAAGGCACCUAAAGGACUCUCAGACCAUGAGAAACAAGAUUCUCUGGUCUGAUGAAACCAAGAUUGAACUCUUUGGCCUGAAUGCCAAGCGUCACAUCUGGAGGACACCUGGCACCAUCCCUACGGUGAAGCAUGGUGGUGGCAGCAUCAUGCUGUGGGGAUGUUUUUCCAGAGCGCUCAGGACCUCAGACUGGGGCGAAGGUUCACCUUCCAACAGGACAAAGAUCCUAAGCACACUGCCAAGACAAUGCAGGAGUGGCUUCGGGACAAGUCUCUGAAUGUCCUUGAGUGGCCCAGCCAGAGCCCGGACUUGAACCCGAUCUAACAUUUCUGGAGAGACCUAAAAAUAGCUGUGCAGUGACGCUCCCCAUCCAACCUGACAGAGCUUGAGAGGAUCUGCAGAGAAGAAUGGGAGAAACUCCCCAAAUACAUUUGUGCCAAGCUUGUAGCGUCAUACCCAAGAAGACUUGAGGCUGUAAUCGCUGUCAAAAGGUUCUUCAACAAAGUACUGAGUAAAGGGUCUGAAUACUUAUGUAAAUGUGAUCAGGUUGUUAUUUGUAAUACAUUUGUAAACAUUUCUAAAAACCUGUUUUUGCUUUGUCAUUAAGGGGUAUUGUGUGUAGAUUGAUGGGAAAAAAACAUUUAAUACAUUUUAGAAUAAGGCUGUAACGUAACAAAAUGUGGAAAAAGUCGAGGGGUCUGAAUACUUUCCGAAUGCACUGUAUGUGUGUGGUCUCAUACUGAUAUGACUAUGUGGGCUACACAUUUCCUUUCUGCUCUCUCCUCUUCUUCCCUCAUCGCUUAUGCUCUCCUUGAUCUGUAGAUUCUCUGUCUCACUUGACACUGCUCUCCCACAUUGUAGCCCUCUGUAACCCUGACCCUCCUCUCCAGAGAUGCCCCUCCCCUCUGACUGUGAUUCCUGCCGUACCCUUGCGGUUCUGAGCCGGCUCCACCUGGGUCUCAAUGCCACUGAACCUCAGACCACCUCUUUCCUCCAGUCUGUCUGCCUGCAGCACCCCAACGCCAUCCCCAAGGUCUGCCCAGUCCCUCUACUUUACAUCCACCCGUUAGCCCCUACAUGUUUAUUUAGUGUAUGAGAAGCACAACAGAGCUUAUGCAAGUUGCCUCCACUACCAGUACCAGGAGAAUAGGCCUAAAUAUAGUGCUCUGUGCUGUAGUCACCGUAAGAGACAAGAAUAACAAAACUUUAGUUGUGUUAAAAGUAGUUACGUCAGUUUCAUUGUACCGGUCUUUGUGUUCUAUCCAGUGUGAAAUGUUCACCAAACUCUAUGGCCCCAGGCUACAGAAGGUUCUGGGAAGCCAAAUGGAUGCUCCGGAUACAUGCGAGGUAAUUAAACCAUUCCCAUCCAGCCGUAGAAGGUCCUCCUCUGACUCUACAGUGUCUGUGACAUUGCUAACCUCACCAUCUAUAUCCCCAGACCACUUCUUCUAAUUACUAACCAUGACCACUGCUCUUAUAGAGUGACUGUCCCAGUGACAAGUGGUUUGAUUGUGUGUAAGGUGACGGAGUCUUGUCUUAGUAUAUCAGCUGAUUAUACACUGAGUGUACAAAACAUUAGGAAAACCUGCUCGUUCCAUUACAUAGACUGACCAGGUGAAAGGUAUGAUCCUUUGAGGUCACUUGUUAAAUCCACUUUUAAUCGGUCUAGAUGAAGGGGAGGAGACAGGUUAAAGAAGGAUUUUUAAGCCUUGAGACAUGGAUUGUGUAUGUGUGCUAUUCAGAGGGUGAAAAAUAUUUAAGUGCCUUUGAACGGGGUAUGGGUUUUUCACGCUCAACAGUUUCCCAUGUGUAUCAAGAAUGGUCCACCGCCCAAAAGACAUCCAGACAACUGUGGGAAGCAUUGGAGUCAACAUGGGCCAGCAUCCGUUGAACGCUUUCAACACCUUGUAGAGCAUGCCCUCGACAAAUUGAGGCUGUUCUGAGGGCAAAAGGGGGUGCAACUCAAUUUUAAUAAGGUGUUCCUAAUGUUUUGUACACUCAGUGUAUAUCUCUGUGUCCUCCAGAGAGCUGAUGUGUGUGUUGCUGUGAAAGAGCAGCAUCUUCUGGGGAAGAACCAGUGUACCUGGGGACCCAGUUACAUCUGCAGGGACUUGAAAACCGCUCAGGGGUGUGGCGUAAGUAAACUAGAUCUGCCAUGGGCCCGGUUUCCCGAUAGCGAUAGAACAAGUGUUUUUAACAAUGCAUCUUUCCUACAACGAUCGUAGAUGUAACAUGAGAGAGCGGUCGCUAAGUGUGUCGAUACUGAUAGGAUCGAUAGAAAGGGAGUGCUGCUCUCAGAUCAGGUUUCUCCUUUCAAAUCUUUCCUUAACAUUAUAAUUAUUUCACAAUACUGACGGAUCAGCUCCUAGAGAGAUAUUACCACCUACGGCUGCAAAUAUUGAGGCGGCUAAUUCUAAUGCUUACCCAAUAAAAAUGCACUAAAUAACCGAUUUGGCACAUCAUUGCGCACUUGUUAGGCUACACAUCAUGAAAUAUUGAGACAAAUUAGACAGUAGCCUAUAAGUAGCAAAAUAACUUAGCCUACAUUUCAUGUUCAAUCAGUUAUUUCAAUAUGUUUGAAAUAGGCCUAUAGCCUUCUGCUUAUAUUUUAAUGCAGUCAUCUGGGUUUUCAUUUGAAGUAUAUUUUUAUACUGUACAUUGCUUGUUUGUAUCAAUUGCAAAGACAUUGACAACUUUAUUUGUAGUCAACUUUGUUUUGUUAUCGGCGGUCACAGAGACGGAUAAACCAUGUGAUUCCAUGUUUAGCGGAGAUCUUCUGUGUAUAAAAGCAUCUAACGAUACUUAGCUGUUCUACGAGUUGUCUGAGGCAGGCGUUAGAUUACGACUUCGUUAGAUUAGAUUAAGUGCAACGUUAAUAACAAUGGUUUUGGGAAACAGCUCAGAUUUAACUAUGCUCCUACGAAGGUUCUAACGAUGAACUUACAUUUUAGUCAUUUAGCAGACACUCUUAUCCAGAGCGACUUACAGUUAGUGAGUGCAUACAUUUUAUUUUUUUCAUACUGGCCCCCCGUGGGAAUCGAACCCACAACCCUGGCGUUGCAAACGCCAUGCUCUACCAACUGAGCUACACGGGACCGGUCUUAAACUUAAGAUGCUUUUGGGAAACUGGGCCAUGGUCUUAUCUAAUACAACAACCCAAGUACAAGUCAUGUCUGCCAUUGUGUAUUGUCUGAAAAACAACCCUACCCACACCAAUGUUUUGCUGCAUUAUUUCUGAUCUGGUUUUAUUUUCAUUUUGAUACAACUCCAGAUGGUAGACCUCUGCCAGAAGUUGAUGUGGAACUAGAGCUGAGAACCACUCCCAGAGUUCUCCCUCCAUGGAUGAAGCUGAUGAUUUAUCUGCCAAACAUAUGUUUUAGAUUUGCACUUGUUACUAACUGAUUGCACUGUUGCCUUAAUGAUUUUUCUUUGCAACAGUAUAAAUGAAAUAUUUGUCAAUUUCAUUUAACUGGUCAUCUGAUAUUACACUGAGCAAUUUGAGUAAAAUUCCUGUAUAUUUAAAUAAUUCCUUGAUUUGCACUUCUGGUAGGCUGUUGUAGCACUGAGAUGAUUUGCACUGGGUAGGCUGUUAUGAGUACAGUAAGUAAUUAAGUCAAUGUAAAUUAUUGACUUAAAAUAAUAUUGGACCUAUUUAAGCACAUAUCCACAAGUAUAAUAAUUUACAUUUGAAAUGUGUUGUGACUUUUCAGUUGUCUACAAUAAAAAGGUAGGCUAUAGUAUCUUCAGUUAAAAUCAGUCAUAAUCAGGAAGAACAAAUAUAGUACAAUAAAUGAAAAAGUGGCAAAGUGUCUUGAAGAAAUUAGUGAACAUGUACCUCCUGUUGAGAAAUCCUUUAAAUCAGUAAUGUCAACAUUUUAAUAAUGCAUUACCUUAAUAUACAAUUAUUAGAUUUUUGUGAUCCAACUAAAUGUACAUGAGUAUACAGUGGGGAGAACAAGUAU